AUUAACUGGCAUUCUUUAAAAAGGCAUCAGUUUUCUUUUGCACAGGUGUUUGGAGAGCCCGGACUGGAUGCCCACUAGAAUCCUGUGCUCUGAACAGUGAGAGAGUUUUCUUCAUUUUGAGGAACCCUAAACACCUAUGUUUCCCAAGGCAACCUUUGUGGACUGAGCAUUUCUCUGACCUGACAUAACUUCCCAUCCAGCCAGGAGUCUGUACUCUUCAGUCUUUGCAGAUAACUUUUAAGUAGUGAAGAGUAUAGAUCGUGGUUUUCCAAGUGUAGUCUAAGGUCUAACAGCAUCAGGGAUAUCUGGGAAAUUAUCAGAACUACAGACCCUCUGGCUGCACCCCAAACCUGCUGAAUUGGAAAUUCUGAGGCAGUAGCAGAAUCCCAUGGUAGCCAGGUGGGUGAAGGGGAGCGAGGACGUUCUACCUGCCUUGAAGAAGACACCUGACCUGCGGAGUGAGUGACCAGUGUUUCCAGAGCCUGGCAAUGGAUGCCAUUCACAUCGGCAUGUCCAGCACCCCCCUGGUGAAGCACACUGCUGGGACUGGGCUCAAGGCCAACAGACCCCGCGUCAUGUCCAAGAGUGGGCACAGCAAUGUGAGAAUUGACAAAGUAGAUGGUAUAUACCUACUGUACCUGCAAGACCUGUGGACCACAGUGAUAGACAUGAAGUGGAGAUACAAACUCACCCUGUUCGCCGCCACUUUUGUGAUGACCUGGUUCCUUUUUGGAGUCAUCUACUACGCCAUCGCGUUUAUUCACGGGGACUUAGAACCCGGUGAGCCCAUUUCAAAUCAUACCCCCUGCAUCAUGAAAGUGGACUCUCUCACUGGGGCGUUUCUCUUUUCCCUGGAAUCCCAGACAACCAUUGGCUACGGAGUCCGUUCCAUCACAGAGGAAUGUCCUCAUGCCAUCUUCCUGUUGGUUGCUCAGUUGGUCAUCACGACCUUGAUUGAGAUCUUCAUCACCGGAACCUUCCUGGCCAAAAUCGCGAGACCCAAAAAGCGGGCUGAGACCAUCAAGUUCAGCCACUGUGCAGUCAUCACCAAGCAGAAUGGGAAGCUGUGCUUGGUGAUUCAGGUAGCCAAUAUGAGGAAGAGCCUCUUGAUUCAGUGCCAGCUCUCUGGCAAGCUCCUGCAGACCCACGUCACCAAGGAGGGGGAGCGGAUUCUCCUCAACCAAGCCACUGUCAAAUUCCAUGUGGACUCCUCCUCUGAGAGCCCCUUCCUCAUUCUGCCCAUGACAUUCUACCACGUGCUGGAUGAGACAAGCCCCCUGAGAGACCUCACACCCCAAAACCUAAAGGAGAAGGAGUUUGAGCUUGUGGUCCUCCUCAAUGCCACUGUGGAAUCCACCAGCGCUGUCUGCCAGAGCCGAACAUCUUAUAUCCCAGAGGAAAUCUACUGGGGUUUUGAGUUUGUGCCUGUGGUAUCUCUCUCCAAAAAUGGAAAAUAUGUGGCUGAUUUCAGUCAGUUUGAACAGAUUCGGAAGAGCCCAGAUUGCACAUUUUACUGUGCAGAUUCUGAGAAACAGCAACUUGAGGAGAAGUACAGGCAGGAGGAUCAGAGGGAAAGAGAACUGAGGACACUUUUAUUACAACAGAGCAAUGUCUGAUCACAGGGGUGCCAUCCAGGUUUAACUCUGCAAGCUGUUUCCACAUCAGAACUCCCUUCAAACACAAAGAUUGCUGUGAAAAUGCAAAUGGGUAGACGCACUCUCAAAAACUGCACGGACAUACAAAAUCAAUCUUUUCCUUUGAUCUUGUGGCUAAACCAGCAUUUCUGUGUUUGAGAGAUUUCCUGUUAAGUGCUUCGUCUGAAAGUGAACUCUCAUAAUUCAAACUGUAUAAAAUAAAGCUACAUUUCUAAGAGCUUGGUGUAGGGCAAUUGGAAUAAUGUCCUGUUAGAUAAACAGACAUUUAGCAAUGCUGACAUUAAAAGGAAAUGUAUUUCUAUACAAAAUUAUUAGCUGUAAUACAAGAUAUUUAUUUAACCAAUGGCCUUAUGGCUGAGAGUUGAGUUGUGGUUCAGUAUUCAUUGAUCUCACUGCUUUAAAACAUGCUGUUUUUGUUCAAGCAGGAAAAAUAUUAUAUCUAAUUAUGUCUAUGUGGUAAUACCUAAAAGGAGGUAGAGAGACUCUAUGUUCACAAAAUAUAGCAAUUUCAUUUUUACCUUUCUUCAGUGGACUGAAUUGUAUGGAAGGAUACUGAUCAGAUCUGUAAUUCACAACUGUGGAAACCUACACAAAUGGGGCUGAUGCCAUUGUUUCCUCUAUUUUUUUUUUUUUUGAAUCUACUAUCCUCUUUCCAUUCAAAAUGUUUCCAUUCAAAAUGUGGUUCACAGACCUGCCACAUCAGCACCAUCUGAGAGCUUAUUAGUAAUGUGUAGAUUCUCAGGUCCCAGCCAGACUUACAGAAUUGGGGUCUGUAUCUUAACAAGAACCCCAGAUGAUUUGUGUACAAAUGAAAGUUCAAAAGCUCUGCUCUGGACAUCGUUUUCAAAGCAACUUUCUGAAGCCAUGUGGAAAACUGACUCUGCGGGUCCCGUAUCCCUGUGGCGUCCAGACCUGGCCUCUCUUCAUUUCAUUAUUAUUGGCCAAUAUUUCUUUCAGCCAUUUCAUUUCUUAUCUAUUAAAAUGCCUUGCCCAUAAAGGAACUGCAUAGGAUUAUCCCCUGACAUUCCAAGAGCAAAAUAAAGCUCUUGAGAGUAAUUGUUGUCUCAGUCAUGCUUGCUGAUUACAGUUAGCACAAAAGAAAAAUUCAGCUGCCUGACAAUACAGGAAAUGUUCUCAGAUGCUGAAGUUUGUAAGGUCCGGUGGGGCCAUGAGGAAGAAGAGGAGCUGAAGGUAAGAAGCUCAUAAACAAGAUGACUCUUUGAUGCAUGAACAAGAUUUGAAAAUCUCAAGCCUGUAAAGAAUACCCCUGCUAUUUAAAUAAAGCUCAUACCAAGAGGUAACAUUUUGCUCCGGGCCAGAUUCAGGGGUCUAGUGCCCUGCAUUCCUUUGAGGCAAAAAAUAAAUGGGCUAUGACUGGUUAAAUGUCCAAAA